UGGAAAUCUGAUUCUGAAAGAUGGGUUGCAUCCAGCUGCCAGCAACUACUGUCUUCUGUGGUGAUUCUGUAGGAGCAAAACACGUUAUCUAAAAUCUUAUCCAUGCAAAUGCAACCUCUGUGUGUUUCUGUUUAUUUCAAAUUACCAUUAAAAAAAAGAAAAAAAUCAGUCAAAUUAUAGGCAAAACUUCAGAGGUCUAUUCCUUUUGAAAUGUGUGUUAUAAAAAAAUCCUGUUGUGAGUAACUGAGCAGUCUUUUUUUUUUGCGAUAUGGCCAACACUAUUUCCUUUCCUUUUCACAACAGCAAGUCCCAGUUCUUACACCGAGGUGACAGUAUCCUUUCACAAAACAGAUUAUAAACCCUGGAAGAACACAGAACUGAAAUGCAACCCCGUUCUGGGAUUUUUCACAACCCAGUAUUGAUGUACCCAAGAAAGAAUGGUGGGGAGAAUAUUUUAUCCUCCUACAGAGACAUUGGAAAAGGUGUUUAGCCCAUGAAAGGCUUUAAGAAAUACUUUGUCCCCCAUGAGGGUAUUGCUGUAGCUGUGCCCUCCUCAAGCAAAGCUUUUAGUGCCUAAUAGAAUGACAUGGUAGAUCUGAGCUCAUGCUCUCUAUAAAAAUAAUAUGAAUUUUUUGCCUCUUUUAACUGAGUGCAAGAUCAAGCAGUAUGUAAAAUGCAGGAAAAUUAUUUUUUUUUCCUUAACUGAAAGUAGCCCACCCAAACGUCUGAGUUCACCUGUGCUCUGUCCUUAUGUGAUAGGAUUUCUGUUGUCAGAGGGGUGGAGCAGUGGCAGUGUGGGGAGCUGGGGGCCCCUAAGACAUCCCUUUGUAUUUUUGAGAGGACUAGGGGCUUGGGCUUGCUUCCUUUAGUUUUAUCUCUGAGGGAGUUACAACAUAUUCCCGUACAAACUAGCAAACCAGCAAACAAAAUGGGUGAAACUGAAAGUAUGAAGAGGACUUCCUAGGAUUAAUCUUCUAGAUUUUCUUGCAAAUGAAAUCCAUUGUAAUUUUUCCAUGGAAGAUAACACAGUUGUAGCCUUUUGGUUAAAAAUGAUUGAGUAACUAUGAUUCAUAGGACCAGGAAGCUAUAAGCUGAGAGAAAUUAUGAUCAUUUUUUAUAUUUUCCACUGUUUUUCUUUGCAAUGGCAAGAAGGAGUAUCACCAACAUAUAUACUUUGUUGUUAUUUCAUAACCAUUUUCUUAUAAACAGGUGAGAAGAAGAGAUUUUUUAACAGGAGGAAGGUAAAACUGAUAAAGUUUCAAAAUGGGACUUCAAAAAUUCAGGCAGUAUUUAGAAAUAAAAGCAUUUUGCUCCUGUGUUCCUAGCCUUGUGCUGUGAAGUCUAAAUGCUCCUGCCAGGUGUAGGUGGCUUCUUGACCAUAACUUGGGCUACCAGAUAGCUUGGGAAUGUGGCCUGCCCUGCAGCCAUCAGCAGCUGAUGUGCAGGAGAUUGUUCAAGCUCUGGUACUUUUCACACUCAUAAUGGUCUGUUACAGAAAUCCAGGCUCCUCCUCAGCACUCAAGCACCCCAAAAAGUCUCCCUCUUGAAGUAAGUAGGAUGAUGCAGACCCAGUGGCAGAAUGAGGAUUUCACUGAAGUGUUAGUGAAUUCACAUGAAAGGCUUUUGAACAGAGAAGACUCUUUCUUCACAGGGUGGGCAAGUAACUAAAAGUAAAGAAGUAGAAAUAUGUAUGGUUAAACAUUGGCGAGUGGACCGAGAGGAGAAAUAUGAAAUAGUUGAAAAGUGGUUUUUGAAAGAUCUUGAGAUGAUUGAUGGAAAAGAAGCAGAUACAGAUAAUCCAUAUUUUGAUAUGCAUUUCAACAAAGUCUACAAUAUGGAAGCAUAUAGUUGUGCAUCUAAAUAUACCUUUGCUCGAACACUAAACGAACUGAAUGCGAUGUACCUUAAGAAGGACUUCAAGAUUGUGAACUUUGAUGACACCUAUCUAAAUGAUGAUUCAAUCUGGUCAUCCAGUAAUAGAGAUUUCUUAGUAGUUAUGAGGGUUUGCUUCUAUGCUUUCAACCUUCUAUGUCUCUCACUCUGUCGUUUGUCCUAAAGAUGUAUUUUCUAACAUUAAGGUGACUGAUUGACUUUCACUGACCAGCAUUUCAUAAACCAUCUGAUCAAAAAGUUAGUAACUGGUAUGCAGUGUCUCCUCUUUAAUUUUACAUGUAAGUAAAAAGAGAAGCAUACUUUUUACAUAAAUAGUCGAUAAUUCAUUUAUAUAUAUUAAGAGUUCCUCACUCUAGCAAAUACUUAUACAUACAAGAGACUGGAAACAUAGAACCAGUAAUUAUCAUGGUCAGUGGGGAUUGCUUAUGUAAGCAGAGCUCAGCAUUUGCUUAUAUGUUCAUGGAGGUAUAAAUUAUCUUUCAUUAUUAGCUUGAAAUACUUUUGCAGCAUUAAGAGCAUUAACAGUUUAUGUUUUGGAAGUAGGAAAAAAAAGUAUUCAGUUGAGUUCUGUAUGAGAAUGAUGCACAUUUCCAACUGUGUUGAAACACAGGAUUCCAUUAAAGAGAUCACAUCUACAUCCCUUCAAGAAUCCAGUUCUCAUCCUGAUGGAUAGGAAUGCUGCAUUCAGGUACCAUGGGACCAACUUUUCACCUAUGCAACUAUAUUAUUUUUCCCAGAGAACAUUUAGUACUCCCUUUGGCCUUCACAGUAUUUGUGAUAUUGUCUUAGAAAACAAUGUUCUUAAGAACAAAUCAAACAAAUGUUCUUAAGCAGCAUUGCUUUAUUUGUCAGGCCUUUCAGAGCUUCCGUAUCAUUAAUGUCUCCUUUCUUGCCCUUCAUUGCUUAUGAACAGGUGUAGUUAGGGAACAAAAAUUAUCUCUAUCUCUGAACCAAAAUAUAAGAAAAUACUACGUAAACAGUAGUUGUUCACUACUACAAUUACUUUGUAGGCAAGUGAUAGAGUUUUCAAAAUUCAUAGAAUAUUGAUAAUUAUUUUCACCAGUUUCUAGCAAGGUGUAAGCAUAUUCAGUGCACUACAUAAAGACACAUUAGUACUUAGAGCUACAUUUGCUAUGCGGUGGAGUCUACUUGAGGGGUUUGGGACAGCUCACAAAAUGUAGCAGCUCAACUUGUGAUAGCAGUGUGCUAUGGUAGAAACAGAGGAUAAGUUGCAGCUGUGUUGAACAGAAGCUGAAGAGGAACAAUGUUAAUUAGAAGCAUACUGUUCCUGCCCAGUGCCAGUCAGCCGAGUUAGCUGGCUGUUCAUCCCAUGGUAAAUAAAAUAAUGCCAACCUGUUGUAGGGAGAAGAUUGCAACACCAACCCAAAAGAAUCUCCACUCAGAGAAGCUUCUGGUCAGAAUGUCCUGCAGGAGAAAACUAAUUUCUGCUUUGGCAGCCACCAGAGUUCAGGAAGGCAGGCUGGGGACUAGACUGGGUAUGGACCUGGAGCUGAGUGAUGUCAGCUCCCAGUAAAUCAGAGUUUGUGUCCUCUCUCAGCACCUGCCAUCUCUAAAAUGGGAUAGCUGUGCAAGGGUGCUGUGAUGUACUGUACCUUGUACUUUGCUUUUGUCUUUCAUGUGAACUCCCAUCUUUGAAAAUAUUUGUGCAAAUACGUUGUAUUCCAAUUUGAAAUAACAUCAAGUUAAGUGAGAAUAUAUUUGAAAACCUGUAAAAUGUACAGCUUUCUACUUUUUAAAUGUUAUCUUAUUGCAUGUACAUAGGAAAGCCCAUACCUUUGAUUAGUUUGUAUUAAUAAAUAUUUAUUCUAGGCAUAUAUUGCAAAUUACAUUGGUUCUAACACAGAUCUUAAUAAUUAUUACUGUGUAGUAAGACAGAUGUGAGGGCAGUUUAUGUGGGUAACACAAAUCAUCUGGCAUUUUUAAGGACUUAGGUCUUAAAUUUGCCACCUAAGUGCUGUUAGAGAGAAUUGUAAAUUUAGUGAUUUAGUCGCCCAAUAUAAUUGUUCUUUUGAGAAUGUCUUUGGGAUAAUCCUGUACAAGUAGCUGUGUUGUGAUGUUUGAUUAUUAUCUGCAAGAAGUAUUUGCCCAACAUCCAGGUUCCACAAAACCAUCUUAUAUAGAAAAUAUAAUACAUGCUACUGCUAUCUAUGAUACAUUGUCUUGUUUGAAUUGUGUAUUGGUUGUUGAGGUCAUAGUGUUUUCCACAAUAUCUACAAGUUCUUUGCUUAACAGGCUGAAACAAGGAAAUGUUUCUGGGUGGAAAAGCUUUCAUCAUUCAUCUUGUAAUUGUAAUAAACAUAGAACUCUAAAAAUGAGCACUUCAGAGCAUUCUUUUGAAAUAAAGUACAUGCAUACUGAA